ACAUCAACUAAAGAUUUCGUUUUACUAAAUGAUGUCAGUGUGUAUGAAUUAGACUCUAAAUUAUUUAUCGCGGAAAUAAAAAAAUAGUUAUUUAAAUGGCAUUAUAUAAAAUAUAAAUUGAUAAUAUUGCUAUUUAAAGUUGGGUUAUGGCUGAUACGGACUGUGCAAGUGAAAGUGCUAGCUCUGUAGGUGAUGAAGAACGAGUGAGGAGGCUUUUUCAAGCAUGUGAUGGCAAUGGAGAUGGGUACAUUGAUAGUCAAGAUCUGCUUGCUAUCUGCCGAGAACUGAGUCUGGAAGAUUCUCUAGAUGAGUUGAUGUUACAACUUGGUGCUGAUUCUCAAGGCAGAAUAUCCUAUGAGCAAUUUUUACAAAGAAGAUUAGCAUUACGACCUGAAAUUGAUGCUUUAAAAAGCUCGAACAAGGACAAUAUCAGUGAUAACAGCCAAGGUAAAUUGGAUCGUUGGGAAUGGGAUUCUGGAGCCAGAGACAUGAGUCCUGUUCCUAAAAGUAUUGUCAAAAGCACAGAAAAAUAUACAGAAGAUGAGUUUAAGGUAAGUUUUUUUAUUUACAUUGAUAACAAUAAAUAUAUAAAUCGGGCUUCAUUAAAGUAUUCUAGUAAUUAAUAUCAUAGUCCAACAU